CAUAAAAUACAUCAUUUCGCCCUCAAACUCCCCCAUUGCAACACAUUUCUUUAUAAUUAAGCACCAAAAGGCUAAAAUCGGCAAUCGCCAUGCCAAAGUUUAAUUUUCCUACCAUCCUAAUUUUGGCAAUUUUAUUACUUGCAUGUGAGCUGGCCAUAAUCUCACCAGUACUUGCUUACAAUGACGUCGAUAUUGGUGACAUUUCGCCCUCAGCUGUUACCGACGAUGAUAUGAUAACCUCAUCAUCGCUUGAUGCAGGACAAUUGGAGGAUCUCUACCAGCGUUGCGUGGUAAUGCUAGGAGAUGAGUGCGGGGAUGAGAUUUUUGAUCUGAUAUUUAGGAACGAUUCUCUCAUAGUAACUGACAAAGAUAUCGGGCUUGUGUCAAAGUAUUGUUGUGACAAGCUGCUGAACAUGGGGCGAAAUUGUCAUGACCAGCUGGUUAAUGUUAUUGCCCAAACUACCCAUUUUUCUACCAAUUCAUCCGCCACUGUGCCUAGGAGUUCCCAAGUUUGGGACUUGUGUUCCUUAAGCUCUUCUUAAUUUGAUGUUUUUGG